UCCCUCGCAGACAAGGCAAGGAAAAGCUCAGCGUCAGGAGACAACAAAAUCCUACAAGGAGCCCCCUGCCCUGCUGUGCCCUUAAUGCUUGUGCCCUCUGCCCGCAGGCACCAUGUCCAUCAGGGACUUCGAUGCAGCGAGGGACAAGAUUCAGAGAGAAAUCGAGGCGCUCGAGAGAAGUUUGGGUCCGGACUUCUCAACGAUAGAUGUGGUCCUGUCUGGCGGCAGUGACGAGUCCGAUGACGAUGAUUCUGAUAGCGGAGACACAUUGGAUGAAGACCUCGAAGCUGAUGAAAUUAAUCUGGAGGAUGGAGGUCACAGAGCGGAGAUGUGUUUGCAGAUGAACCUGGUCUAUCAGGCAGUGUUACAAGAGAAGCUUCAGGAAAUGGAACUUCUUAUCGCUCAGAAUAAAGUGCAGCAGGAAGAACUGCUCUGGGAGCUUGCUGGACGGAGAACACAACAGGUCGGGAGCGCAAAACCCUACCCGGCAAAUCUGUCCAUUGGCCAUUUCUUCAAACCGUAUUUUAAAGAUAAAUCCUCUGGAGUGGGGCCUCCAGCCAAUCCGGAGAUGAUAGAGCGAUCUUCUCAUACUCUGAAAAGCUUUAAAGAAUUAUCCAGUAGAAAAUGGAGGACUGCAGACAAUGAAGAGUUAAGAAAGGCAAUUGUGAGUGACAGCUUACAAAGAAUGCUUCAACCCAAAUUACUCAAGUUUGAAUAUCUGCAGCAGAAGUGGGAUAAUGCCAAAAAUGAUGUUGACAAAAGCAUUAUUGCGAAGCAGAUCCAAGAGGUAGAGCGGGACAUAGAUGAUAUCAACCAACUUCCAGAGGAAACUCUUUUGGGGCAAAGAACCGACGAUCAUGACUGGGAGAAGAUUUCUAAUGUCUAUUUUGAAGGCAUUCACAAUGCGGAUAGGAUUAGUAAGAUUUGGAAGAACCAUCUGCACCCUCAUGUCAACAAGGAGCCCUGGAAAGAAGAUGAAAUAAAAAAAUUGCAAGAAAUUGCGAAAGAACACAACUGUGUGAACUGGGAACUAAUAGCCGAGGAGCUGGGGACACAGAGAACGGCCUUCCAGUGCCUCCAGCAAUUCCAGCUCAGCAGCAAAGAUUUUAAGAGGAAAGAGUUCACCAAGGAAGAAGAUGAGAUGCUGAUGUAUUUUGUCCAGCGAAUGAGGGUGGGGAUGCACAUACCUUACCGCAAGAUUUCCUAUUUUAUGGAAGGCAGAGACUCAAUGCAGCUGCUUAAUCGAUGGUCGAAAUGUCUUGAUCCCUAUCUGAAGAAGGGACUCUGGAGCAAAGAAGAAGAUGCGCUGUUAUUAAAAGCUGUGGAGAAAUAUGGAGAAAAGGAUUGGUACAAAAUCCGAUUGGAAGUUCCUGGAAGGAGUGAUAUCCAGUGUCGUGAAAGGUAUUAUAAGGGACUUCACAAGGAUGUGAAAAAGGGCAAAUGGACCCCGGAAGAAGAAGAAAAGCUAGUGGAGUUGACUAAGAAGUAUGGAGUAGGUCAUUGGGCUAAAGUUGGCAGAGAAAUAACACACCGGACAGGAUCCCAGUGCCUGAGCAAAUGGAAGAAUAUGAACGGUUAUUUCAAGGGGAAAACUAGAAAACGAAAAAGGUCGCAAAAUACAGCACCGCAGAAAAGGCCACGAAAGGCAGCACCACAAAAGAGACCACAAAACAAGGCGCCUAAGAAGAUAAAAGAAGAGGAACUGAGUGAAGAAGACAUGAGUGAUAUUAGCAGCGAAAGUAGCAGCAGCAGCUUCAUCAUCAGUAGUAGCAGCACCAGUAGUAUUCAUAGCAGCAGCAGUAGUUGUAGUAGUAGUAGUAGUAGGAGUAGUAGUAGUAGUAGUAGCAGCAGCGAAGAUGAGGAUGACAAUGAGGAGAGAAGAGCGGCUAGGAGAUUUCUAGACUCUGUGCCCGAGUUAGAUUUAUGGAUUCCCAGGAAAAAGAGCCCAGACUUGGCCUCCAUAAAGAGGACUAUGAUUUCUAGCAGUUGUAGAGUACCACGUACUAGAGUUCGGAGCAGACGGGACAAUUACCAGUUCAACACUAUACUGAAAGGUAUUGCUUACCCACCGUCUACAGACACCGUAACGGAAAAUCCCAAGGACAUCCUCUUACAGGCUAAGAACAGCGGCCAUGAUAUAGUGCAGCUCAGUGAAUAUGACGUCCGUAGUGUUCUCCGAUGGAAUACCAUACUCUGCCAAGAAAAACAGGGCCAACAGCUCAGUCAAACCCAGAAGGAGCCUGAGGGUGACAACGAAGAGAAUUUGGGUCCAAGGUUUGCAUGGACGAGAAGGAAAACCCCCGUGGACAGAAGUCUGCUGGCUGCGGUUACGCCCUGGGUGGGCAAUGUCUUUCUUCCGUUACUGACUCUCUACAAGACUCCUUGGGAUAAGCAAAUUCUUGCUGAUGUGAUGAGAAAGAAGCUUUCUUCUGUGACCAUAGCCAGCACCCCAAUUUUCACUCUGCUUAUUCAGUUCUUUCAGAUCAAUGCGGCAGGUUGUCUAGAAAUGAUCAGUCUAAGGAAAGCCCAACAAGCCGAGUUUCUAAAACGUAUGAGACAGAAAUCACAGCAGAAGACUCGAGCGAAUACGAGGCCUUCAAAAAGCAUUUCCGCAAAUUCCUCCAGUGCUCAGCAAUCACAGCCGGCCAGUUCGGGGGAAACCGAACCACAAACAAAAUGUCAGUCUUCUCAGCGCCAAGUAAGGAGUUCUGCAGUAGCGCCAAAACCGAAGACAGUCUUUGAGUUGCUGAAAGAAAAACGACUGCAGGAAUCGAGAGCCCGUCGUAGAGUUGUCAUUCCGCCGAGGAUUCUCAUCUCUCCUCAGAUAGUGCUUACUCAGGCCUGUGUCCCUGCUGGACAGCAUCAACCCCCAGUGCAUCUUGCGACUUCACCCGCUUCACCAAACUUGCCAGCGUUCCCGGUUAUACAGCCGAACGAUGUUUCUAGCAACCAGAUAUUAUCAGCAAGCAGUGAUUCUGUAAACCGACAAGGAGCCGAUGCAGAUAAAGCUGUGGCCGGUACUCACAAUAGUGCGCCAUCUACUGGCUCUCCACGCACUGUGCAAGCCGUGCCAGGUGGUCAAGUCAUAUCUUCACAGCAAAUGCCUCUACAGCUGCUUCAGAGCCCUGCAGCCGCCACUACCUCUCCUCGAAUAGUGCUCACCCAGGCCUGCGCCCCUGCCGGACAGCAUCCACCCCCAGUGCAUCCUGCGACUUUAACCACUUCACAAAGCUUGCCAGUGUACCCGGUUAUACAAACGGACACUAUUUCUAGCAACCACAUGUCAUCGGCAAGCAGUGAUUCCAUAAACCGGCAAGGAGCAGAUGCAUGUAAAGCUAUGGGCGUUACGCAAGAUGCUGCAGAAGCAACAAAUCGGCACAAUAGUGCGCCAUCUACUGGCUCUCCAUGUGCUGUGCAAGCCGUGCCAGGUGGUCAAAUCGUAGCAUCACAGCAAAUGCCACUACAGCUGCUUCAGAGCCCUGCAGCCGCCACUACCUCUCCUCGAAUUGUGCUCACCCAGGCCUGCGCCCCUGCCGGACAGCAUCCAGCCCCAGUGCAUCCUGCGACUUUAACUGCUUCCCAAAAUUUGUCAGCUAUGCCAUUGCCAAUGUGCUUGGUUACACAAGCAAAUGAUAUUUCUAGCAACCAGAUAUCAUCGGUAAGCAGUGAUUCUGUAAAUCGGCAAGGAGCAGAUGCAGAUAAAGCCAAGGCGGCUGGUACUCAAGAUGCAGAAGCAAGAAAUCAGUGCAAUAGUGCGCCAUCUACUGGCUCUCCAUGUACUGUGCAAGCCGUGCCAGGUCCUCAUAUCAUAGCUUCACAGCAAGUGCCAAUACAGCUGCUUCAGAGCCCCGCAGCUACCACUUUCAUUCUUACACCCCAAGGCUUGGUCCAAAUUCCAAUCCAAGCUUUGUUUUCUGCUCAAUCCCAGGUAUUUAUGAAUCGGAACUCAACUUUCUCAGAAUCCUCCAGUAUGAAAGCUCGUGAACCAUCGACAAAUGGAGAAUCGUCUGAUAAAAUCCCAGAGGCACCAACUAAUUUGAGUAAUACUGCGAGCCAACCAUUGCCAAGUAAUGGAUCUUCAGCAGAAAAUACAGCAAGGGAAGCCGCACAGCUGCAGUGUCCACCGCCUGAUGUAUCUGUCAAGAUGCCAAGGAUACUGCCAACAUUUAGUCCCCUCAACAAGUCUACGGAAUUCACCAUUUCACCCAAAAUGUAUCCUGUGGUUAAAGUAGCAAAAAUCCUAACCUCUAAUCAGCCUAAUGCAUUCACAGGGAAUGUGGUAAGUAGUCAAUCGCCUGCUCCAUCUCAGAUCACCAUAAAACCCCCCGAGAAGAAGAUCUUCGACUUGGGCCUCAUUUCCUUAGAAGACGAGACUAGCGUGAAAGACUGGCUGCAAGGAAAGAGCUGCACAGCCUAUUUGCCGCCAUCUGCUUGCACUCUGAAGACCUUUUCUAGGAUCCUGCUGCAGAAGAAGACUUUGGAAGAAAGUGCUUUCAAACUCAUCCCUCGUUCUGACGGAGGAGGAGAUGAGGACGUCAGUAGGAAGCAGGAGAUCCUAGACAACCUGGUAGAGCAGAAACUUAAAGACAACCCAGCGUACAAUCUCCUCAAGAAGCGAUUCCUCUCUGCAUUCACAUUCUCUGGGGUGCUGGCAGUUUUUGCGCCACCCAAAAAUGAGGUGCCCACAUUUGGGAUGAAGGAUGAUGUCAAAGACGAAGACAAAAUGAUGGAGAUGGACAUGUAUGAAUGCUACGCCUGCAACAAUACAGAUGAUCGUAUGGGAGGCAAAAGUCCCGGACCAACCGCACAGUCAUGCCCACAGGAGGGGGAAACGUCGAAUCCUGACGGUCAGCGGACUCCAGUGAACACCCGGAGGCGCCCCCAGAGGAGAAGGGUGUAUCGCCGCAGUGAGACGUGAACUGUAAGAAUUUGAAAAGCAAUUCAGAUGCAAUUUCCUGUUGCCGAAGCUCAUGAAGCACCUGAGACCGGAGCACACAGAUCUCCCGAAACCAGAGUUUGCCAUCCCGUGUUUGGUAUUUGCCGAUUCAGUGACUCUUUGCUGGUCCUCCUGCUGUUUACUUACAGCGGAGGGAGCAAGUCAGUAGGUUACCCCUUUAGUCCUUAGACUCCUGCCAAGUAACGUAUAGAAAGGUACCUGACGGACGGAGCCGAAGCGGGCCGCAGGGAUGCAAUGUGGUUCAGUGAAUCAUUCAAAGUCGGGCACCUUAUCUACAACUUUAUGUGAAGGAACUACCUAAUAUUUAAUUUCUUCUUGUUUUGUACAUUUGUAUGUUUUUGUCCAAUCCUGUGGUAUUUGCUGGUUAAAAUGAUGCAGAAGACAGACCUCCCUGUAUUUGCUGACCGCUGAUCCUUUUCCUUGUAGCUGCCACUGCAGGAGAAAGUUAGUACCGUUCAGCUGUGUCAGCCAGAGCCGCUGCUGUGUAGCCACUCUGGAGGGGGAGACCCCCUUUAUGAUUCUUAAAGGGUUCCCCUGCCAGGCUGAACCCUUUAACGACCAGUUUUCAGAUUUGACUUAUUUGAUCAUGGCACUUGUUCGCAUCAGUCUGUUGUUUGUAGCAGAAGAUCCGAAUUUACCCUGCCUUUUUUUUUUACUCUUGGAAAUCACAUAUAAAUGCAAUGUGUGAAUCAGGCCUGUAGCACAACCCGUGUUAUUCUAUGUGGACAUGUUCCAAGCGGGACCGGCAUCCCCGAGCUGAGGAUUUGUCGGUUUAUUUUCCAUGUUUUUUUUUGUACCUGGAAGAUUAUAUCAUUAAAAAGAGUCCUUGUAUUUUCUCA